AUGCAGGAUUUGAUGUCAGAAAACGACUCCCUGGAAAAGUCCCUUGAAAUGAUGUCUACGCCUCAAAUUGAAAUUCGUGAUGAUUCUUCCUCAUUGAAUGCCUCAAACAGCAUGACGACCACUACUCGAAGUGGAAGUAUCUUCUCCUCCCUCAAGAUUUCAAAAAGUCUACUUAACCCUGGAGCAUUUUCACGAAUUUCUCGAAUGAAUUCAAUCGGCAAUGAUUCACAAAUUAGCCCACUGUUAUCAGUUACAAUUACAAAUCCAGUUCCUUUACCCGCCGCUCAACAAUCAACAUUAACACAGAAGCACUUGGUGGAUUCAACACCCAUCUCUGAUGAGAAGCCCCUCUCGAUGUUGACAGAUCCCAUGGAAAUAAACUUAAGAGAUAUUUUGAUCAACCUCCAACAUUUUAUAAUUCAACCCUAUAUCACUCUACUAAAUGCACAACCGAAUGAAAGACAGAUGCAUCGGGCCUUAAGGGAUCUUUGCCGUCUUAUUCGGCCAGAUAUCACUUCUUCGUCACAUUCUUCUAGCUCUGGAGGAAGCACUGAAGUCAAUCCAAAGGUAGAAAUCUACCGAAUGUGUGGAUUUAAUAAUCCACAUAAACCGGAUGAUGAUUUCAAAAUCCCACCUAAAAUGCUGAGCGUAAUUUGCCUUUCCUCUUUGGUAAACCAUCGAGGAGAUUUAAUUCAUAGAAUUUUGGAGACUCAGAGCACACCUGGCAAUUAUCGUUCGAGUUCUUCUGCAGUUAUCACUUGGCUAGAGGCAGACAAAGUUGGAGGUCGUCCAAAUUUCCCUCUAAUGCCUGCUCUGAGAGCCGUCGCUCUAGUUUUGUGCCAAGUUCUUGAUAUUAAUGAAAAAUCCAGUGUCGAAGAUGAACAACUUAAUACUCUACUGUUUCAAAGUUCACCGAAAGCCGAUUCUGUCUUCUUGGAAUUGUUCCUUCACUGUUUUGAUGCCUUCUAUGAUAUUUGGUUCGCAGUCAACGCGGAGCCUUGUGAUUUGGAUAGGGUCUCAAGGGCACUGAGCACCAGCUUGAGUAACGCGAUUUCCAUUUGUCCCAACACAUUUGACGAGUUUGCCCGAAUAUUAGUGAACUUCACCCUGGAUUCAAUUCAAAAAUCCUGGAAGAUGCGAGAUGAGGAAAGAGAGAAGAAUCAUUUGGCUGUCCAAGAAUUACAUCGAGAUCUAGUGAAACGGCAUACUGAGACUGUCACCAAGCAACGUCUCUACACAAUGAGUCAUGGACAACCACUGAUUUACACGAAAUUCACUAAAAAAGAAGUUCAACGACUCUACGUUUCUCUCUCGGCUGACCAAAAUCUCCUACUUGUUCGUGAUCCUCAAAAUCGUGUUGUCGAUAUUUGGCCAUUGUCAUCAAUUCUCUCGGUAUCAUCUCAUGUUGAAAACAAGAAAAAUAAGAACCGUGAAUGGUUUGUGGAUUUAAUGAUCGACACGGAACAAGCUACAGACCAAGAUGCUGACAGUCUUACUCGAGCAUCAUCCGCCAAACAACAGAUCAAACACAAUCAAAUUGUCCUCAGUGCUCCUAGUGAGUACAUUCAAACAUCUUGGAUCGAUGGUUUCAGCUGUCUACGGAAAGAGAAGUUUACCAGUGCCUCAUUUGCUGAUGACGUAAAUUUAAUAUCAAAUCUUGAACUUCGGAUCCGCCUAUUUGGCUUGAAUUUGGAAAGUGUUCCUUCAAAGGCAAUUGAGCGACCGCCUUCCUAUCCUGAUCUCACUGGAAUUUCAUUUUGA